GUAUGCGUCUGGGCCGCCGUUGGGGCGAGCGAAGUUUAACGUUCAGUUUCACUAUGUGCAUCCGACGAGUUCCUUGUUGUUUGUCGUCGUGACCCGGUCCGCCUGAAGGUGCCGGAUAUGAUGCAAGUGCUCCCUUGCCGUUUACCGGGCAUGCGAUCAGGACGCUGGCACUGCCGUGUCGUGGCAGCCUCAAUGCAGCGACCAUCGUCACCCGACAUCUGACACGGCGAUAUCUGCGUUCCACUCAUCUCGGAGCACGAGGACGUCAAUCCCGCUGCCUGUACGGCAACUUUGGCUUCGCCCCCGAGCUGACAUGACCGCUGAUCCAUCAUAAUUCGUGCACCGCAAUCGAGGAAGCUGACGACGAGGGCUUCCUCCACGAGCCUCGAUGAAAGCGGAGUUGCAUUGGUCGCCGUGAUCUCACCGCCCGCCGACCAUGGUUCCAUGUCUAUCAUCAACUGUUCCCCCCCUCCAGGCAUCGAGCGGGUGUUUCCUGUUACGUUCGAGGGAGCCAAUGCCUAAUACUUCGGGAGUGCAACAACGUCUGGACGGCUCGGAUCAGAAAUGUGCAUUUGGACUAUGCAUGGACAGGUGAGGCAUCUGGGCCCAGUCCGUGGGGCGCGUCAGUUUCAUCUCCAAUUGGGUGACGUCGUUUGAGUUUCGCGUGCUAGCCCACUGGACUCCUGAGAAGCUAAGCAGAUUCAGAACUGAGCAGAACGGGCACAACCUCGGGCACGGCUCUGCACACCUUGAAGAUAGCUACCGGCAAAUGGCGUCGACCCUUUCUAGAACCCCGAGUCAGAAACGCACAGACAAUAUCUUCCCACUUGGAUACAAUCAGCAGGGUCACUGGAACCCAAAAUGACCUCCUUUGAGCUGAUAAUCCUGAUGACAUUCUGGCCGUAUAUUAGAAAUCCCAAGAACGGCAUUCAACCGGUCUUGUAUCGAGGUAGACAUCAGCUACCGUCAUGUCCUCUGCCAUUCUCAGCCCUAAGCUGCACACCAUCGCGUCCGAUUACGUCUAAUUUUGUUCGAUUGCCGACUUGUCACCGUGUCGUGAUGAUCACCCGUUGCGUGCCUGCUAUCAGCACCUCAAUGCCUCGCCUAACGAUGCUUUUCGUUGACGAUCGCUCAUAAUCACUGCGCGUCCACAACUCUACGAGCUAUAGCACCUCUCUCUCUCACUCGCCGCUCACGCCUCCAGCCGCACUCUUUUCGGGCCAUCCUUCGCCGUGACGGGACAAUCAAGUCAGAAAGAAGCGUCUGCAUCGUCCGCGGGCGUUCAAGGGCAUUCAUCGCCCGUCUAGUCGUUUCCUCGACUUUCCACCACCCUCGAGCCCGUCAGCCGAUCAUGCCAAGCAAGGUUCUCUCGCGGUCUAUGGACGACGACCCGUUCGCGAUUCUAUUGAAGCCGCCAGAGGGAGAAACACCCGAGCAGCGCGAAGUGCGGCUGCUGUUGGAGAAGGAGGCGAAGGAAAUUUCGGACUCCAUUGACGAGCAGCUGAGCAAGGAGAAAGCCCAGGAGAGGAGAGGUCCGAAACCCGUAAAAGUUUUGUUGCUGGGCCAGAGUGAAUCAGGGAAAUCGACUACUCUAAAAAACUUCCAACUUAUGUACGACCCCAAAGCCUUCCGAGCAGAACGUGCAUCAUGGCGGGCGAUCGUCCAGCUCAAUGUAGCGCGUUCGAUUCACGUCAUUCUGGACGUGAUUACACGCGCUGAGAAUAACCCGUACCGCGACUCCUCUGCUCCCGUCGUCGACGACGAACUCGCUGACCUGAAAAUGCGGCUGUCCCCCCUCAUCCAGGUUGAGGAGAUUCUUAUGCAGCGGCUGAUUCCCGUGGGGCCAGACACGUCUGACGCAGCGCGACUGGCUCAACUUACGAGUGUUCCUUACGCCGAGCGUCCGAGGAACGUGCUUCGCGAGGUCGCGGUCAACAGCGCCAUGCCCUGGAAGGACGUGUUUGAACGGCUAGUGACGAGCGAUAAGGACAGCUUCGACAGCGAGAAGGCCGUCGAUUGGGAAGACCCGAAUGAUCCAGGGCCGAUUCUCAACGCCCUAGCGAAAGAUAUGGCGGCGUUAUGGGAAAACAGCACGGUCCAGGCACUGCUGGAGCGACAGAAUCUACGAUUGCAGGAAGCGGCUGGCUU